AUGCGAUGGUUACUCACUCCGCUCGUUGGGGCAGCCAUCUUCCACUCCUUUCUUGUUGCCGCCUCUCGCCUUACCCCUCCUGUUCUUCCGUUGAUCGUGCGGGAUCCUUAUCUCAGCACUUGGCUCGGCAAUGCCAGAGAUGACCCGUGGAAUAACUGGCCCAUGUUUUACACGGGAGAGCACCUUGGGCUCUCCCUAAUGGCUGCUAUCCCGGACACUGGAUUUGUAUAUCCGCUUCUUGGACGUCCUCACGAUUCCUUGACGCCGGUUAAGGCUAGCUCUGGAAAAUUACACAGCUAUAAGAUCUCGUAUCCAACGUAUCUUGGUGCCAAAUACGAUGCUUCCACGACCAAUUUGACCUACUCCAUAGCUCCACCCGAAUCCCAAUUGUCAGCGGGACCCCUUCACAUCACCGUUUCAUUCCUUUCACCCAUCACUCCGACUUCUACUCUUCGUCAAUCAAUUCCUGCUGCGUAUAUCACUGUGUAUGUCAAGGGGAAUAGGAAUGCUCACAUCUACAUGGACAUGAACGGCCAGUGGGUCAGCGGUUACCGAGGGGCCCGCAUUGUAUGGGAUUUCGACAAGAUAACUCCCAGGAAUGGAGGUCCUCGCCUUAAUAGGUGGCGGGUCAGACGCGAAACGGAGCAGCUGUUCACCGAGCAUAGUGACCGCUCUGAAUGGGGCAGCCUGUAUAUCGUUGCUCCAAAGGAUGUCCUAUAUGAAUCUGGGACGUCUGCUGUACUUCGCAAGCGGUUUGCAAGGACUGAUGCUUUGCGAAAUGUCAACGAUGGCUCCUUCCGAUCGAUUAUGGACGAGGAACCCGUCUUCGCAUUUUCCAAGUCAUUUCUUCUCAAUGGAACUGGCAAUAACUGCGAAACUAGUUUGAUGCAAGAAGACCAAGUCACCUUUACCAUCGCUCAUAUCCAAGAUCCUGUUGUCCAAUUUGCUGCCGCCCGCGGCUUGACCAUGAUGAAACCCCUUUGGCAAUCCUGGUUUAGUAGUGUGGACAACCUUCUUUCUUUCCACUAUUUCGACUUCCAAAAUGCAUCUGCUCUUGCCACGAGUUACUCUAAACAACUCGAAAUUGAUGCGUUUUUGUCGGGUGCAGAAGAUUACGUUGACAUUGUCGCUCUCUCUGCAAGACAAGUUCUCGGUGCAACAACCUUCUCGGGGACAGCAGAAAAUCCAAUUUUGUUCCUCAAGGAGAUCUCCUCCAAUGGAAACUUCCAGACAAUUGACGUUAUAUUCCCGUCUUUCCCUUUCUUCCUCUAUACCAACCCCAGAUGGCUUGCCUACCUUUUGGAACCAUUGAUAGAACAUAUGCUCAGCGGCCAAUAUCCAAAUACUUACGCGAUGCACGACUUAGGUUCUCAUUUCCCUAACGCUACUGGUCAUCCAGACGGAAGAGACGAAUACAUGCCGGUAGAAGAAUGUGGAAAUAUGCUAAUAAUGGGCCUUGCCAUCGUUAAUUCGUUGCGUUAUCCUGCGAAGGGCUCCGGCUCCCCCAUUAGAAACACUAAGCAUGGCAAAGAUACUGGCAUAUUCCCACUGAUAGACCUUGAGUCAAGCGGUGGCAUAGAUAAACUCGAUAGCCCCUGGGCAUUGAUGCCUAACGCCGGUGAUAAAGCACAGCUGUGGGUCGAAAGAUCCUACAAGCUAUGGAAACAAUGGACCGGAUACUUGGUCGAAUUUUCUCUGCUCCCUGAGAAUCAACUAUCUACCGAUGACUUCGCUGGAUGGUUGGCACUUCAGACAAACCUUGCGCUUAAAGGAAUUAUUGGCAUUAAUGCUAUGAGCAAGCUUUCUGCCCUCGUCGGAAAUAAAGCUGAUUACAAAUACUACAAGAAUAUCUCUGACACCUACAUCACGAAAUGGGAAGAGUAUGGUUUUUCGAGGGACAAAACUCAUGCGAAACUCUCCUACGACUGGUUUGGUUCUUGGACCACCUUGUACAAUUUGUACGCAGACUCUCUUCUCUGUUUCCAUCUGGAAGAUUCCUUGGAGAGUGCUUCCGAUGGAAAUGAGGCAAUCGACCACGGCGACCCACAAAAGCCCCUUGAUCCACCGAAAUUAGGCCAUGUCGGUUUUGUACCAAAACGGGUUUAUGAACGGCAAUCGAAAUGGUAUCACUACGUACGGCAGAAAUAUGGACUUCCGUUGGACAGCCGGCAUCUCUACACUAAGACUGACUGGGAGUUUUUCUCCAUGGCGGUAUCCAGCAAAAACGUUCGCCAUGAAAUCCUUCAGUCGGUUGCUAAAUGGCUCAAUGAAACAGUCACGGAUCGCCCAUUCACUGAUUUACAUAAGACAGAAGGUGAUGGUGGAUUUCCUGGGCCCAAUUUUUUCGCUCGACCUGUAAUUGGUGGUCAUUUUGCGUUCCUUGCCCUUGAGAGGGCAUGCAAUGGGAAUGCCAUGGCUGGUUUGGACUUCUUGGAUGAUGAAGUGUUGGAAGAUGGGUACCCUAGUUGCGAAGGUGAUGACUGCCCUUCUUACAAGGACCAUAGAGACGGAUACGAUGAAGAUUACGAUGAAUCAGCUGCUGGAUAUGCGGGGAGGAGAGGGCCUCAGUUUAGAUUACUAGCCAACCUCCCUAAGACACUCACUAGAUGGGCUGGUCCCCGUAACUAG